GCAAGCUCCGGAGAUGCUUGUAUCUGUGGUGGUUACAGAGGAUCUGUCCGUUUCCGUGUAUUUUAAGUGCGCUCCGUUGGUGUCGGAUGAUGUGUGCAUUCCUGACAAAGUCCGUGAUGUCCGUGUGCUGGACAACCUUCUAGACAGCGUGGAGCGAUAUUGUGAAAAGAAGGCCCGUCAACAGGAGGACAAGGUGGGAGGAGUGCUUAGGCUUGUUUUAUUUUUGCUGGAUGACAUUUGUGAUGAUGAGCUGCAUGAUGAUGAGAGGGCUGACGCACUAAUCUUCCUGAAGGAGCAGUGCAAGCUGCUGACAAAGAAGAGUAGUGGCGUGCGGUAUCCUGCAGAGCUUUUAGUUUUUAGCAGUAUAUUGCACACAAUUUCUCCACAUGCUUACAAGUUUUUUCGCCACAGCAACAAGCUUGUCUUGCCGCAUGACACUACCAUCAAGCGAGUUUGUGCUGCACAUGAUGUGAGCCCAUCGAAAGAGCAGUGCGAAGAAGGUUUUCUGAGGUACAUUAAGCACAGAGCAACCAUUCUGAAGCCUCAUGAAAAAAAUGUGACUCUCAUGCUUGAUGAAAUACACCUGCAACAGUUUUUUGAAUAUAAAGGUGGCCGCCUAACAGGGUUUGCUGCGCAUUGUGCGGAACCAGCAAAGACAGCGCACGUGUUCAUGGUACAGCCUUUGCUUUCAUCUUAUAAAGAUGUUGCUCAUAUCCUUCCGGUAACUCGUAUCACAGCAACGGAGCUGGAUGAUGUUCUAAAGACACUAAUCAUGAGGCGAAAGUGCUGGUCUGCAUGUUGUUGCGGUCGUAACAGACAACAAUGCCAUAAACAGGAAAAUGAUGUCUCUGUUUAGCGAGCAAAAUGAGCCAGGGAUUGUUUUUCCUCAUCCUGCCAACCCGCAGCAGCCAUUGUUUCAUGUUGUGGACACUGUUCACUUGCUCAAGUGUAUACGCAACAAUUGGCUCAAUCAGAAGGAUGAUGACAAGUCGUUUUUGUAUCCUCCUUUUGAAAGCUGUGGAAGUGGUGAGGACCAAAAAGCUUCGUUUACUUUUUUGAGGAAGCUGUACCAGAGUGAACAAAGCAAGCUUGCAAAGGUUGCCUAUGGUCUGAGCUAUAAAGCACUUUAUCCAAGCCACCUAGAGCGUCAAAAUGUGAAAUUGGUGUUGAAAGUUUUUA